AUGCCGUUUCACGUCAACGGAUACUUCGAGCUCUCGGCAAAUCGACGAGAUAUAUGGCACGGUUCCGACAUGGACAGGAUGGGAAAGCUUCGCUCAGAUUGGAACCAGUGUGUUUUGGAGGAUGUUGCGGCACUGUGUCUGCGACAGCUUCUUCUGGAAGCUCGGAAGCUUGGCCCGGGAGCCACGUACAGUUCUAUGUGGCCACUGGGAAAUUCGGGGGCUCCGUGGAUCAAACUCGUGCAGCACUUUUAUCGGAGCAUUGCCGCAGAGCCACUUCUUCAUUCCAGAGUUGCAGAAGGGAAAUGGUUGUCACCAAUGGAAGUUCUGUUCCACGACGAAGAGUAUGAGAAGGCCGAGGUACUGGCUGACGCACUUGUAGCGGAUGGUUUGCCUCUUGUCCGUUUGCCGAAGCCGCUAAGAGACGCAGUCUUCAAGUUUUGCGAUGCCGAGUUUAAAGUCGUCACACCAUUUUCCGUGAGGACUCACUUCUUGAAGAGCAAGCGACAGAAGGGUCCAGCAGAGAGGUCUCAUCUCUUUGCAAUUCUCGACUACUGCUUAUCGGAUCUCGUAGACGAAGAAGCAGCAGAACAUCUGAGAAGACUCCCUCUCGUUCCUUUACAAAGUCUGGGAACAGGACGGUUUGCCUUAAAAGGCGAGGAGUGCUCAUAUUUUUUAUGCACCGCCUUGGAGAUCAGGCUGUUCAAAGGUAUACCCGACAAGCUUGUCGACGAAAAUCUUCCUCCCGGGCUGGUUGCGAGGCUCAACAACAUUGCAAGAACAGGUCGGAGCAAUAUUUGUUUGAUUGACGAUACAACUUUGGCCGAGAUUCUGCAGUACGUACUACCUCCUGAAUGGAAAAAUGGUGGUGAGAUACGUUGGCAGCCUGGGCUUAGGAAGCAGCCUUCGAAAGAGUGGCUUGGUUUUUUCUGGGAGCAUCUCGCUGCUCAACAACGAGAUUUAUCGAAGUUGCAGCAGUGGCCAAUACUACCAACGACCACAGGGACGUUACGAAGACCUGUCCGUUUCUCGGGGAUUCUCAAAGGCGGCAAGAUAAGCAGCAGUUUGGAAGGUGUUUUCAUCAAAGCUGGCUGCUUGUUCUUGGACACACAGGUGACGCUCGACCAUCCUCAGCUGUCGAGAUAUGUUCUUGAUCCCACUGUCGCGGAAGUUUUGGAUGCCAUUGGAUUCAGCGCCGCUAACAAUCUCUCAAAACUUGCAGAGAGUUUUACUGCUCUCUCUGGUUUGGAAAGGAGAGAACUCAGGGCUUUUCUAUACGACGUGUGCUGGGGUAGCAGGAAUGAGAUGAACGAGUCUCGUCUACAGAUAUUCAAGACGCUACCGAUAUUCGAGGCCUACCGUGAUUUGGGAACAAGGGAUCUGGUUUUCGUUUCCUUAGAAGGUGGUAAGAAAUUCUUGCCACCUAGUGGAGUGGACGAGACACUCUUGGGACCGGACUGUUUGCAUUCAAGUGGCUCACGGGAGCACGAAGUUUUGACGCAGCUGCUAGAUGUCAUGCAACUCAAGAAGGCAGAUUUUUUCAAAUGGAGGAUACUGAGCGACAUAAGUAAUCUUCCUACAGAGCUGCGGGACCUGUCAAUGCUUCAAAUUCUUCGUGAACUUCCGGAGCUAAGUGUCGAAGAUCGUUCUCUCGUCGGUAUUCUCAAGAAGCUCUCGUUCGUGCCUACCGGAGCCGGCAAGUUUCGAGCGCCAGAUGCUCUUUACGACCCAGAGAUUCCGGAGCUUGUGAGCAUUUUGGACAGCCAGCAGUUUUUUCCAUCCCCCGACUACUCUAGUCCCGACGUCCUUCAGAGUUUGCGCCAUCUGGGACUGAGAAGUAGCGUCACUCCAGACACUAUACUGGCCAGUGCCCGAGCUAUCGAGGGGCUCUCGGCAAGUGUUCCUGACCAGGCAACUUUACGAGGGCGUGUUCUACUGUCGUACCUCGACAAGAACGCAAGCAAGUGGCUGCAAGAAGCAGGAACCAACUGGAUACUUUCAAUUCUCCAAGGCGAAAAGGACUCUACGCUGUCGAAGUUUUGGAGUGAACUGGCCAACAUAUGCUGGUGCCCGGUGCUACUGGAGCCACCUCACGAUCAGAUGCCUUGGCCAGUGGUCUCACAGUCUUUAGCACCACCAAGGCUAGUGAGGCUGCCUUCCGAUAUUUGGCUUGUCUCGGCGACCAUGCGAAUACUAGACGGACAGUGCGACUCUCCAGGAUUAUGUCAACGUCUUGGAUGGAGUUCCAAGCUAAGUGGCAAUAUACUGGCUGCUCAGCUACUGGAGCUUGGAAAAGGUGACAACUUCAAGCUGAGGAAAAUUCUAGCUACAACUGUUCCGAAGAUCUACUCUAUGCUGAGCGAUAUGCUGGGAAGUGACGAGAUGGAAAUCGUGAAGGCCAUUCUCGAAGACCGUUCCUGGAUAUGGGUUGGAAGCAGGUUCGCAAUGGCCAGGGAAGUUGUUUUCGAUGGAGCUUUGCACUUGACUCCUUAUCUUCACGUCGUUCCAGCUGAUCUCGCUGCUUUCAAGGAGCUUUUUCUGGAACUUGGGGUGAAGGAAUCGCUAGACCCGGCAGGCUACAGUACGAUCCUUGCUGUUAUUGCAAGUGAGAAGUGUGGAGAUCCCUUGGACUCUCGGCAACUAGCUGCGGCUAUCUGGAUCGUACAACAUCUAGCAGACACGAACUUUGGCGAGCAGGGGAAGGAAAUUGUUAUUCCAGACUGCGAUGGCAUCCUCUUGCCGUCGUCUCAGCUUGUCUACAACGAUGCCCCCUGGCUCGUGGCCUCCAAGGACAUUCCAAACAAGAAGCUAGUGCAUUCGAAGAUUUCCAACGACGUCGCCGAGAAAGUUGGUAUCGCUUCCGUUCGAGAGUCGCUGCUUGCCAAAAGUGCCGACUUCGUGGACCUGGGACUGCAUGGUGGUAUGGAAGCCUUUGGACAGAGUGAGUCGCUGACAAGCCGGCUAAAACACAUCGUAGAGAUGUAUGCGGACGGACCUGGGACGCUGUUCGAGCUGUUGCAAAACGCAGAUGAUGCCGGUGCCACGGAAGUGAGCUUUCUCCUCGACAAGUCUUCCUUCGGCACAAACUCCGUCCUCUCCCGGCAAAUGGCUGACUGGCAGGGGCCAGCUCUCUACUGUUACAACGAUUCCGUUUUCAAGCCGGAGGACUUCUAUGCAAUAUCACGCAUCGGCCAGAACAGCAAGCUCGACAAGCCGUCCGCCAUUGGGAGAUUUGGCCUUGGCUUUAACUCUGUCUACCAUUUCACCGACGUGCCAAGCUUUGUAUCAGGUUCAACGAUUGUGCUGCUUGAUCCACACGCUGAUAACCUUCCAGGCAUCUCUCCUGCUCAACCAGGUUUGAAGAUUAACUUCGUUGGCAAGGAACUGCUCAAUCAGUUCCCUGAUCAGUUUGAGUCUUUCCUCCUCUUUGGAUGCGACCUCCAGAAGCCUUUUCUAGGCACUCUAUUCCGUUUUCCGCUGAGGACAACAGUGACUGCUGCUCGGAGCGAAAUAAAGCAGGAUCCGUAUCAACCUGAGGACGUCGUCACACUUUUCUCGGCUCUCAAGAAGUCUGCUGGCGAAGUUUUGCUGUUCCUCCGGCAUGUAACGUCGAUAAAGCUGUACGUACGUGACGGUUUACAUGCCGAGGUUCAGGAGAUAUUCAAGGUUCACAGGGAAAAUGCUGAUUACCAGGAAACCAGCCUCUACGAGUUUGUCACUGGUAACACCCGGCAGAAAUACGACAAGGAACAGUUUGUGAAGCGACUGGAAAAAACUGCAGACAAGCAGCUGCCUUGGUGUUGCGGGAAGAUCAGGAUAGAGGUAGCAGCUCCGGAUGGCAACUCUUCCUCGUCCUGGCUUAUAUGUAGCUCCUUUGGUGGAGGGAACGCAAAGGAGUUUGUCAUAUCGCCAGCUAACCGAAGCAGAGGAUUCGUUCCAUGGGCUGGGAUUGCUGCCAGGAUGUCCGAAGAUGGCAGCAUUGAAGUCAAAGAAGAUGAAAGAGGUCCAGUGUCCGUGGAGGGCCGAGCAUUUUGUUUCCUGCCUCUCCCGGUUGUCGUCGGGCUUCCAAUACACGUAAAUGGCUACUUCGAACUAUCUGCAAAUCGGAGAGAUAUAUGGUAUGGUGGUGACAUGGUUGGAGGAGGAAAGCUCAGGUCGCAGUGGAACAGUUUUCUUCUUCAGGAUGCAGCAGCUCCUGCGUAUGCUCGGCUUCUUCAUCGUGCUUCUCGCGAGCUGGGACCUUCUGCGAGUUAUAGUUCACUGUGGCCAACUCAGAGCGUUGGAGAGCCAUGGAAGCAGCUAGUUACGCAGGUUUAUAAAGCUGUGAUCGACUUGGAGGUGCCUGUUCUGUUCACAACGUUAAGAGGUGGCAAAUGGAUCUCUGCGAAACAGGCCGUGUUCCCAGACUUUUCAUUCCCGGAGAUGACCGAGCUUGGCAAUGCUCUUGUGGAAAUUGGCCUUCCAUUGAUAUCAGUCCCUGAAGCCGUGACUACGAGGUUCCGAGAAGUGUGCCCGUCCUUGAAGUUUUUCUCGCCUCGUCUUCUACAAAGGCUGCUGAUCGCCAGCAGGCGAACUUUAGAGAGGCGGAUCAGCAUUCUGGCUCUGAAGUACUCCCUCUCUGAUGUCCAGAGCUCAGCGGAUGAAAGCAAGCUAUAUGGCUUGGCCUUGGUUCCUCUAUCAGAUGGUUCGUUUGGAACGCUCAACUCAAGAUCUACUGGGGAGAAGAUUAUAUUAGCAGGUGGAGACGAUCACAGGCUACUUAAAGAUGCUCUCCCACACAUGCUCGUGGAUCCUGAAGUUGGAGAGGACAUAUCCCUCAAGAUGACAGACAUGGCUGCGAAUGCCGUAUCAAAUGUUUACGUGAUGACUCCUCUCAUUCUCCAAGAGCUUCUUCCUCUGGUGCUACCACUGGAGUGGAGUGGACAGGAUAUCGUUACGUGGACUCCCGGUACUCGUGGUCAUCCAAGUACCGAUUGGAUGCUUCUCUUCUGGCACUACAUCGCUCGUCAUCGUGAGAGCUUAUCGAACUUUGAGAGCUGGCCUCUCUUGCCGACAACAGAUGAUAAGCUUGUGAGGAUGUACAAGGGUGGCUCGAUCAUCGUCAAUGAUGGAUGGAGCGAAAACAUGACCAGUCUGCUCCAGAAAAGUGGCUGUUUCCUACUGAAAGGUGACCUUCCAGUGCAGCUGCGAGACCACGUACAGGCUGCAAGUGCACACGGCAUCCUCCUUGCCUUUUUCGCGGCAGCCGGAGGAAACUUAAAGAUGGUGCCAACUUUGCUCAGGGACUGCUCGGCAUUUGAAGUGAGGGAGCUCAGGCAUUUUCUGUUUCAAGAGAAAUGGUUUGCUCUGGGACAGAUGGACGCUGUGCAGCUCCAAGUGCUCAAGAUGUUGCGCCUGUUUGAAAGCGGAGGGGACUUCAUUUGUAUAGCCGAGUCCGAGCAGCUGAUUGCGCCCGACGGGAUCGAUGGACAGCUGCUUGCAGAUAUGUUUAUUCAAGCUGAGACUGGGAAAGAGGAGCACAUUUUGCAAACGUACCUCGGCUUGAAGAAGGUGGACAAGAAAGACUACUUUGCAAGCUACUUCGUCGACUGUAUCAAGCAAGUCUCGGAAGGUGACAGGAUGAAAGCCUUUCUAAAAGUCUCGAAGGAGUUGGCUCUGUUCAUCGGAGAAAUGGAGGAGGCUGCUCUUGCAUCGUUAUCUCAACUUGCUUUCGUGCCAACAGGAUCGAAUGCUAUCGAGGCACCUGAGAGGCUUUACGAUCCCAGGAUUUCGGAGCUGCUGACGCUCCUUGACAGAAAAGCAUUUUUUCCGGCCCAUGAGUUUCAAGCGGCUGAUCUACUAGACGUACUGGUUGUCCUGGGCCUCAGAAAGUCACUCAAACAGGAAGGUCUCUUGGACAGUGCUCGAUCGGUCGGAAUGAUCAGUGCCACGGACGAUUCCGAAGCAAGUCGGAGGGGAAAGGCGUUACUUGCUCAUAUGGAUGGCCUUGCAGUCAGUGACGAGUCCGUGCCAGUGGUUGGGAGGAGCUUAUCUGACAUAGACUCUCACUUCUGGGUGGAACUUUCAAGCAUCAGCUGGUGUCCUGUCCGUGGAACGUCUCCGAAUCAACUUCUUCCUUGGCUACCUGGACAAUUGCCGCUCGUCGCAUCUCCAAAGCUUGUGCGGCCAGCGUCAGAUAUUUGGCUUGUUUCGGGAGCAAUGCGGAUUCUUGACGGUGAUUGUAGCUCGUUUCUUCAGGAGAAGCUUGGGUGGACUCAGACACUCAAGGCCAACGUGCUAGCUCAUCAGCUUAUAGAACUCUCCAAACGCUAUAGCAGGGAUGUUUUGGACGAAGAAACGACCUUGACAUUAUCAAGCAGUGUGAAAGACAUUUACAAACUUCUCCAGGGAUUUUCGAAGUCCGACGAAAUGCUGAUCAUUCAGUCGAUGGUGGAAGGACACGCCUGGUUGUGGAUUGGUGACGGUUUCAUCCGUGCCAAAGAGGCAGCGUUUGAUUCACCGGCACACUUCUAUCCUUACCUUCACGUCCUGCCGGUCGACUUUCUCGAGUUUAAGGAGCUCUUUACAAAGCUGGGCGUACGCGAAACAUUUUCUGCCGGUGACUACGUCAGUAUCCUUGAACGUGUAGCUGCCGACGUCAAAGGUGACGCUCUCAGCCCGGAGCAGCUUACGUUCGUUUUAAGUGUUCUGGGGACUCUGUCGGAAGUUCUUGAAACAGCUGACCGCUCCAUCUACGAGUCGAUACUGAUCCCGGAUGCUGUUUCACAGCUCGUUCCUGCGAAGGCUCUAGUGUACAACGAUGCGCCGUGGCUCAGUGAAGAUGGCUCACAAGCCGGUGGCCUUAGGCUGGUGCAUCCAGACGUUGACAACAAUCUGGCGAGGCAACUUGGAGCAAGGUCGCUCCGUUACUUGUCAGUGGUGGAUCAAGAGAUGACGAGCAGCUUGCCAUGCCUUGGGAUUGGCAAGAUAAACGAGCUGCUUGCGAAGUUUGGCGCUGGUGGCGAUGAAGAGAUGCUGCUUUUCGAUCUUCUUGAAGUGGCAGAUUGUUGUCAAGCUCGAAAGGUGCACUUCGUAUAUGACCAGACAGACCAUCCUAAACAGUCGCUUCUACAACCAAACAUGAGUAAGACUUUGUGA